CUUUGGAGAGGCGGGGCUCCAGCCCGCGUCUCUUCCAACAGCAGUUUGAAGCAGCGCCAUUUUGAGCUUGCGGUCGUCGCGUCUGUGUGUUUGGAGGCAGGGCUGCGGCUCCGGUACCUGGCUCUUCUCGCUUCGUUUCCAUAGAUACAUGUGGAGACGUAUAUAUAUUUACGUCUAGGCCUGUAUCCAGCAUCCGAGGCAAACUCUCUAAGAUGAUGUUAAGAGGAAACCUGAAGCAAGUACGCAUCGAGAAAAACCCUGCCCGCCUUCGCGCCCUGGAGUCCGUGGCGGGCGAGGGUGAGCCAGGGACCGCGGCGGCCAUGGCGCUGACGCUGGCCGGGGAGCAGGCGCCGCCACCCGCGCCCUCGGAGGACCACCCUGACGAGGAGAUGGGCUUCACCAUCGAUAUCAAGAGCUUCCUCAAGCCGGGCGAGAAGACGUACACGCAGCGCUGCCGCCUGUUCGUGGGGAAUCUGCCCACCGACAUCACCGAGGAGGACUUCAAGAGGUUGUUCGAGCGCUACGGCGAGCCCAGCGAGGUCUUCAUCAACCGCGACCGAGGCUUCGGCUUCAUUCGCCUGGAAUCCAGAACACUGGCUGAAAUUGCAAAAGCAGAGCUGGAUGGCACCAUAUUGAAGAGCAGACCUCUCCGAAUUCGCUUUGCUACACAUGGAGCGGCCCUAACAGUCAAGAACCUUUCUCCAGUUGUUUCCAAUGAGCUUCUAGAGCAAGCAUUUUCCCAGUUUGGACCAGUAGAGAAAGCUGUUGUGGUUGUGGAUGAUCGAGGUAGAGCUACUGGAAAAGGUUUUGUAGAAUUUGCAGCAAAACCUCCUGCACGAAAGGCUCUAGAGAGAUGUGGUGACGGGGCAUUUUUGCUGACAACGACCCCUCGUCCAGUCAUUGUGGAGCCCAUGGAGCAGUUUGAUGAUGAAGAUGGCCUGCCAGAAAAGCUAAUGCAGAAAACUCAACAAUACCAUAAGGAAAGAGAACAACCACCACGUUUUGCUCAACCUGGGACAUUUGAAUUUGAGUAUGCAUCUCGAUGGAAGGCUCUUGAUGAAAUGGAAAAGCAGCAGCGUGAACAGGUUGAUAGAAACAUCAGAGAAGCCAAAGAGAAACUGGAGGCAGAGAUGGAAGCAGCUAGACAUGAACACCAGUUAAUGCUAAUGAGGCAAGAUCUAAUGAGACGUCAAGAAGAACUCAGACGAUUGGAAGAACUCAGAAACCAAGAGUUGCAAAAACGGAAACAAAUACAACUGAGACAUGAAGAGGAACAUCGUCGUCGUGAGGAAGAAAUGAUCCGACACAGAGAGCAGGAAGAAUUGAGGCGACAGCAGGAGGGCUUUAAACCAAACUAUAUGGAAAAUAUGCAACCCUCCCCAUGUGGAAUGAAACCUGUGUUUUAAGCUAAAGGACUUGAUAUGAUUUAUUCUCAGUUCAUCUUCUCCAUUCAAUAUACCUCUCCAUCUUGCUUACUAAACCUUCAGGUGGUUCCUCUGCCUCCCAGAUAGCUUUGCAGUUUCUUUUAUGAGUAUUUUAUCAUUUCUUUGUAUUUGUUUUAUUUUGUAAGUGUAUAUGUUUUGUGCCCGUGUCUUAUUUGUCACCAGUUUUCACAAUAUUCGUGCAGUGCUUGGCAUUAAGUACAGUCUGCCCUCUCCAUGAGUUCCAACUUGGUGGAUUCAAUCAGUCUUGGAUUGAAAACUCAAUUACACUGAAUAUGUAAAAGUUUUUUCUUGUUUUUCCCUAAGCAGUCCAUUAUACCUGGUUUAUGUUGCACUGUAUUGGAUUAUAACUGACUUAUGAUUUAAAAUACAUAAGAGAAUGUGGUGUAGGUUCUGUGCAGAUUCUGUGCCAUUUUAUUAACACUGCAUUUUGGUGUCUUAAGGGUUUACUAGAACUAAAUCCUAGGAAUCUAAGUGAUGGCUUUAUUUUUUUAACUGAUGAAAGAAAUUUCAGGAGAAAGAAAUGAUUUAAAGUUUUAAAGUGAGUUUUUUCUAAGACAAUCUUGAUGCAUACCUGUAAUCUGAUCUCUCAGAACACUAAAGCAAGGUAUCCUAAGUUCAAGAUCAGUGUGAGCUACGCUAUAUAAUGAAAGGAAUAGAUAAUUCAGUACCAAUAAAAGUGUGUGAAUGAGAGUCUUAGAUAGUAUUUUCAUUCAAUAAGUAUUUAUUGAACAUGUUUAUCUCAACUGGUUCCUGUAACAGUAAAGAAAAUAGAAUCUAUUCUUCCAUUUAAGGUUGAAGUCUAGUAUAUGUGGCCAGAGAAAUAUGGAAGGACGAAAAGAUCUUAAACAUCUACACCAUUGUACUAGAGUGUCAGACUAAGAAGAGCCAAUCAAAAAUAUGACUUCCCCAGUUUUGAAUAGAAUGUUAUGAAAGAAUAAGCACACUGAAGCGAAAGGGAGGAGAAAAUGGUUGAAUGGAUGAGCAUCAAGACAUCUUGCUCUGAGACUGGAAAAUGAAUUACCAGGUUGACAGUGUCGGAGAAGACAAAUUUUAACAAGUGAAAUAAAAAUUUUAAACUAAAA